UUCUCAGCCCGCUGCCUUCUGCCUGUGACGGGAAUCCAUCGUGACAGGAUUCCAGCAGCAACACCGACUGUAAACAUGGCGGCGUGCACAGCCGGAUGCCUGUGCUAUGUGUCCCCUCACUGAAGCCCGGAUCAUCGACACACUUCCAUGAUGGAGACAGAGGAGGAGCAGCAUACGACCACGCUGUUAUGCAUGGGUUUUCCAGACCCGGUGGCCAUCCGGAAAGCCCUGCGCCUCGCCAAAAACGACAUCAACGAGGCUGUCGCGCUGCUCACCAACGAAAGCCCGGGACUCGGAUACGGCUACGAGCCGAUGGAAAGCGGCCCAUCCCCGGGCUCCGGCCCCAGCGGAGACGGCGAGAGCAGCGGGCGCACGGGCACCGGAGGGUUUGAUCCUCCGCCUGCGUAUCACGAUGUCGUGGAAAGUGAGAGGACUAAUGAUGAGAACGGGAACUGUUCUGGGAACAGUAUGGAGUUUCCCACCACUAAUCUGUAUGAGCUGGAGAGCAGAGUGUUCACUGAUCACUGGUCCAUCCCGUACAAGAGAGAGGAGUCACUCGGCAAGUGCCUCAUCGCCUCCACCUGCCUGGCCAGACUGGGCCUGGCUGAUGCAGAUGAGAACUGUAAGAGGUUCACUGACCGCUGCAUGCCUGAAGCCUUCAAAAAGUUGCUGACAUCCAGUGCGGUGCACAAGUGGGGAACAGAGAUUCAUGAGGGCAUCUACAACAUGCUGAUGCUGCUGGUGGAUCUGGUCGCAGAGAGAGUCAAACAGGAUCCGAUACCCAUUGGCCUCAUGGGAAUUCUCACUAUGGCUUUUAACCCUGAUAACGAGUAUCACUUUAAGAAUCGUAUGAAGGCCUGUCAGAGGAACUGGGCAGAAGUGUUUGGAGAGGACAGCAUGUUCGCUGUUUCUCCCAGCUCCAGCUACCAGAAGGAACCUCACGGCUGGCUGGUAGACUUAGUGAAUCGGUUUGGAGAGAUGGGAGGCUUCACAGCAAUUCAGUGCAAGCUCAACCAGGAAGAGAUAGAGAUUGGGUGUGUAUCCGCUCUGGUUCAGCCGCUCGGUGUGUGUGCAGAGUACCUCAACUCCAGCCUGGUGCAGCCCAUGCUGGACCCAGUCAUCCAUAAGAUGAUAACAUAUGUGCAGAACCUGGAGGAGAAAGACCUGAAAGACAAGCGUUUGGUGAGUAUUCCAGAGCUCUUGUCGGCCAUUAAGCUCCUCUGCAUGCGUUUCCAGCGGGAGCUGGUGAACGUCGUGGAUGACCUUCGGCUGGACAUCCUUCUUCGAAUGCUCAAGACGCCCCACUUCAGUGCCAAGAUGAACUCCCUCAAAGAGGUCACGAAACUCAUUGAGGAAAGCACAGUUUCCAAGACUGUGAAGAACGCCAUUGACACAGACAGACUCCUGGACUGGCUGGUAGAAAACUCAGUACUGUCAAUAGCUUUGGAAGGAAACAUUGACCAGGCCCAGUACUGUGACAGAAUAAAGGGAAUCAUUGAGCUGUUGGGCAGUAAGCUCUCAUUGGAUGAACUCUCCAAAAUAUGGAAAAUACAGGCUGGUCAGUCCUCCACUGUGAUAGAGAACAUCCACACUAUCAUCGCCGCUGCUGCCGUCAAGUUCAACUUUGACCAGCUCAGCCACCUCUUCGUCCUCAUACAGAAGAGCUGGGAGGUGGAGAGUGAUCGCGUGAGACAGAAGCUUCUGAGUCUGAUUGGACGGAUCGGCAGGGAGGCUCGCUCUGAGGCAACCACAGGAAAGGUGUUGGAGGUGUUGUGGGAGUUGGCGCAUCUCCCCACCCUUCCUACCACUCUAGUGCAGCAGGCCCUGGAAGAACACCUCACCAUCCUCAGCGACGCAUAUGCCGUCAAAGAAACCAUCAAGAAGAACUAUAUCGUCAAAUGCAUCGAGGACAUCAAGAAGAUGCAAAUACAGGAGGAUUCAAAGUCUCCCAGCGAGACACAGGUCUCUUUUCUUACUGGCACCUGGGGCAAGAAGAAACCGAGCUCAGUGGCUAAAUCGUCUCAGCAGACUAACCCUCAGACGGUGUGGGUGGUUCCAGCCUUGCGGCAGCUUCACGAGAUUACACGGUCUUUUAUCAAACAGACCUACCAGAAACAGGACAAGAGUAUAAUCCAGGACCUGAAGAAGAACUUUGAGAUAGUGAAGCUGAUCACUGGCUCUCUGGUGUCAUGUCAUCGCUUGGCAGUGUCCGUCGCUGGAUCCAAUGGUCUUUCUGGGUCCACACUGGUUGAUGGGCGGUACUCCUAUCAGGAGUAUUUGGAGGGUCAUUUGAAGUUCCUUGCAUUCUUCCUGCAAGAGGCCAGUCUGUACCUGGUCUGGAAUAGAGCCAAAGAGAUCUGGGAAUGCUUGGUGUCCAGCAUGGAUGUGUGCGAGCUGGAUCGAGAGAUGUGUUUCGAAUGGUUCACUAAGGGACAGCAUGAUCUAGAGAGUGACGUUCAACAGCAGCUCUUUAAAGAGAAGAUCCUCAAGCUGGAGCCUUAUGAGAUCACUAUGAACGGGUUUAACCUCUUCAAGACCUUUUUUGAGAAUGUGAACCUCAGUGACCACCGUCUCAAACGGCAGGGAACACAACUGUGUGUGGAGCGAUUGGAUCUGGCUGGGAUGGACUUCAUCUGGAGGAUUGCGAUGGAAUCUCCAGACGAGGACAUUGCUAAUGAAGCCAUACAUCUCAUCAUUACUUACAGCUACAUUAACCUCAACCCCAAAAUGAAGAAGGACUCAGUAUCUCUUCAUAAGAAAUUCAUUGCUGACUGCUAUAAGAGAUUGGAGGCUGCUAGCUCUGCGCUGGGCGGCCCGACCCUCACACAUGCUGUUACCCGGGCAACCAAGAUGCUGACAGCCACUGCUAUGCCAACGGUCGCCACAUCAGUGCAAUCUCCAUCCAGGUCCAGUAAACUAGUGAUCAUUGAGAGACUUCUGUUAUUGGCAGAGCGUUAUGUCAUCACAAUAGAGGACCUGUAUUCUGUUCCUCGAACUAUUCUACCUCAUGGAGCGUCUUUCCACGGCCAUCCUGUUACACUUCACAUCACUUACGAAUCUACCAAAGACACAUUCACCUUGGAGGCCCACAGCAACGAGACCAUAGGCAGCAUCAGAUGGAAGAUAGCCGAGCAGCUCAGCUGUCCGGUGGACAAUGUGCAGAUAUUUGCCAAUGACAGCAUGCUGACGAUGAAUCGUGACCAGAAGCUGUUGAAUCAGCUGGGUUUCUCUGAUGAGCAGAGUCUGACGGUGAAGAGCUCAGGAACAGGCACUCCAUCAGGCAGUUCAGCGGACAGCUCUGCCUCGGCCAGCUCCAGCAGCAGCGGGGUCUUUAACUCCGCGUAUGCUAUGGAGCAGGAGAAAUCUCUUCCUGGUGUGGUCAUGGCGUUGGUGUGUAAUGUCUUUGAGAUGCUUUAUCAGCUCGCCAAUUUGGAGGAACCCAGAAUAACUUUGCGUGUCAGGAAGUUGUUGCUGCUUAUCCCGACUGACCCAGAGGUGCAGGACGCCCUUGAUAACUUUGUGCCAAAAGAGUCCAGCGUCUGGAGUCACCAGAAAACUCUGUUUACACUGGGGUCUGGUUCUCAGGCCUCAAAGUCUCCAUCUCUGUCCAGUAAACAGCAGCAUCAGCAGAGUGCAGCGUCCAUCCUGGAGUCUCUGUUUCGUUCAUCUGCCCCUGGCAUGUCUACGUUCAGAGUGCUCUAUAACCUGGAGGUGUUGAGCUCCAAGCUGAUGCCCACAUCUGAUGAUGAAAUGGCAAAGACCAGUGUCAAAUCUUUCUGUGAGAACUUCCUCAAAGCGGGAGGUCUCAGUCUGGUGGUUAACGUCAUGCAGAGAGACUCCAUCCCCUCUGAGGUGGACUACGAGACCAGACAAGGAGUCUAUUCCAUCUGCCUGCAGCUGGCCAGGUUCCUGCUGGUAGGGCAGGCUAUGCCUAGUAUGUUCGAUGAGGAGUUGAGCAAGGAAGGUCUGGACACUCUGUCCUCUCGACCGUUCCGUAACACCGGGCGGCAGAGCGGCCGACAGCUCUCCGUCUGUGGAACUCCUGAGAAGUCCUCCUACAGGCAGGUGUCCAUGUCUGACAGGUCCUCCAUCAGAGUGGAAGAAAUCAUGCCAGCCGCCCGUGUCGCUAUACAGACAAUGGAGGUGGGAGACUUCAAAUCCACAGUGGCGUGCUUCAUGAGGCUCACCUGGGCGGCAGCUGCAGGCCGACUGGACCUUGUUGGCAGCAGCCAGCCAAUCAGAGAGACGACCAACUCGCUUCUUCCUCUGGGUGUCCGCAGCAGGGUCAGCAGCACAGGAAGUAACUGCAGCUCGGGCAGUGAGGGAGAGGUCACCACGUUGCAGGCUGGGAUAUGCGUCAAACAGCUGUUUGUGUCCAUCAAAGACACUAUUAUUGCACGAGAAGCGCUCUCUUUACUCGUCACAUGCCUUCAGCUACGCUGCCAACAGCUAUCUUCAUUUUACACUCUGCCUUCUGUGAAUGAUUUCAUCAUCGAUAUUCUUCUGGGGUCGCCCAGUGGCGAGGUCCGACGGGUGGCGUGUGAUCAGCUGUACACUCUCAGUCAGUCGGACACCUCUGCGUACCCUGACCUCCAGAAGCCCAACCUCUUCCUGCUGAAGGUGGUUCUGACAGCCCAACUUCCUCUCUGGUCCCCUACCAGCAUCAUGAGGGGUGUUAACCAAAGGUUGCUUUCACAAUGCACAGAGUAUUUUGACCUGCGUUGCCAACUACUGGAUGACCUGACCACAUCAGAAAUGGAGCAGCUUCAGAUCGGUCCUGCGGCCAUGCUGGAGGACGAGAUCAGCUGGCUUGAUAAUUUCGAGCCCACUUGGACCAACGAGCUGGAGACCAGCGAGGCAGACAACAUCCUGCUGGCCGGACACCUGCGCCUCAUUAAAACCCUGCUGUCCCUCUGCGGCAGUGCUUUAUACUUCAUUGUUGUCAUCACUUGGUUGGUCUUGAUGCAGAUAUUUAAGAUGUGGAAUAAAGAAUUAUACGUGCGAGAACAGCAGGACGCUUAUGAGUUCUUCACCAGUCUGGUGGAUCAGCUUGAUGAACAUCUAAAGAAAAUCAGUCGAGAGCAGAUCUUCAAGAACACAUUCCAGGGCAUUUUCUCUGAUCAGAAGAUAUGCAAAGACUGCCCACACAGGUAUGAGCGUGAGGAGACGUUCAUGGCUCUGAACUUGGGGGUGACGUCCUGUCAGAGUCUAGAGAUCUCUCUUGAUCAAUUUGUCAGAGGAGAAGUCCUGGAUGGCAGCAAUGCUUAUUACUGCGAGAAAUGUAAAGAGAAGCGGACCACUGUGAAGCGGACCUGUAUAAAGUCUCUGCCCAGCGUGCUGGUCAUCCACCUCAUGCGAUUUGGCUUUGACUGGGAAAGUGGCCGGUCCAUCAAAUAUGAUGAGCAGAUCAGAUUCCCCUGGGUGCUGAACAUGGAGCCGUACACGGUGUCAGGAAUGGCCCGUCAGGAUUCAAGUGCAGAUCAUGGAGAGAACGGGAGAGGGGGCGAGGCUGGAUCCGGGGGAUCACCUCGGAAGAAGGUCACCAUCUCUGAGAACUACGAACUGGUGGGAGUGGUGGUCCACAGCGGACAGGCCCACGCAGGACACUAUUACUCAUUCAUCAAAGACCGCCGGGGUAGUUCACGAGGACGCUGGUAUAAGUUUAAUGACAAUGUUGUGGAAGAGUUUGACAUGAACGAUGAGACUCUGGAGUAUGAGUGUUUUGGAGGAGAGUACAGACCCAAAGUUUAUGACCAAUCUAACCCCUACCCGGAUGUGCGGCGGCGCUACUGGAAUGCCUAUAUGCUGUUCUACCAGCGCAUCAGUGACCAGAACUCCCCCGUUCUGCCCAAAAAGAGUCGAGUCAGCAUCAUGAGACAGGAGGCAGAGGAUCUCUCUUUGUCAGCCCCGUCAUCUCCGGAGAUCUCACCCCAAUCCUCCCCACGGCCACCCAGGGCCAACAAUGACCGCCUCACCCUGCUCACACGCUUGGUCAAGAAAGGAGAGAAGAAGGGUCUGUUUGUGGAAAAGAUGCCUGCUAGGAUCUAUCAGAUGGUGAGAGAUGAAAAUCUGAAGUUCAUGAAGAACAGAGACGUUUACAACAGUGAUUACUUCAACUUCACACUGUCUCUGGCUUCUGUCAACGCGACAAAGUUAAAGCAUCCAUCAUAUCAGGCCAUGGCCAAAACCAGCCUGCAGCUGGCCGUCCAGUUCCUCUUCCACACAUACCUGCGUACCAAAAAGAAACUCAGGGUGGACACAGAGGAGUGGAUUGCUACCGUGGAGGUUUUGUUGUCCAAGAGUAGCGAGGCGUGUCAAUGGAUGGUCCAGUACCUGGUGGCACCUGAAGGGCGGGAGCUAAUCAAGAUCUGUCUGUUGGAAUGCAGUGUGCGGGAGGUCCGUGUCGUGGUGGCCACCAUCCUGGAGAAGACACUGGAGAGCGCUUUGUACUUCCAGGAUGCUGGGUUGGACUGUCUUCUGGACAUGCUACUCUCUUUAUUGGAUAAGGACGUCCUGGAUAACUGCAAGAACUGCUCUCAGUACUUCAGCCUCUUCAGUAACUUUGCUCAGAGGGGCUGUGGGCCGUGUCAGCUGCUGCUAAAACAUUCUGCUUAUCGUCGGAUGCUUGUCUUCCUUCUGGGACCCAACCGGCAAAACAACCAGCACCGGCGCUGGAAUUCAGCACAGGCUCGAGAGUUCCUGCAUCUUCACAACACUCUGGCCCUGAUCGUGCUGCACACAGACCUCACGUGUCAGAGGAUGGAGGCUCAAGGAGUGUUCAAGCACGCUUCCUCAGGACUGGUGGCUCCAUCUUCACCCCUCCUGCCUCUACAUCCAGACAUCAACACGCUGCUCUUCAAAGCGGAAGGGCAGGUGUAUCUCAUGGAGGUGAUGUUUGCCAUGCGUGAAUUGUCCGGCCCAUUGUCGUUUCUCAUAGAGAUGAUCACAUAUUGUUCAUUCUGUAAUGAACCUUUCUCACUAGGAGUCCUACACAUACUCAAGAGCCCUCUGGAAACGGCUCCUCCUCACGAACUGAAGAACGUUUUUCAGAUGCUCCUAGAGAUCCUGAUGAUAGAGGACGCUCUGCAGUCUCAGAGGCUCAAAUAUGCAUUUGAAUCUGAAAAGGGCCUUUUGGCUUUGAUGCAUCAGAGCAACAAUGUGGACAGCAGUCGCUGCUAUCAGUGUGUGAAGUUCCUGGUCACGCUGGCACAGAAAUGUUCUCCAGCAAAGGACUAUUUUAAAGAGCUCUCAGGACAUUGGAGUUGGGCAGUGCAGUGGCUCCAGAAGAAGAUGUCUGAGCACUACUGGACACCUCAGAGCAAUGUAUCGAACGAGACGUCCACGGCUAAAACCUUCCAGCGCACCAUCUCAGCACAGGACACUCUAGCUUAUGCCACAGCUUUACUGAACGAGAAGGAGCAGUCCAGCAGCAGUAAUGGAUCAGAUGGAAGCCCAGCCAAUGAGAACUCAGACAGAAGCCUCAGACAGGGAUCUGAAUCCCCCAUGAUGUUGGGCGAUUCUCGAAGUGACCUAGAAGAUGUGGAUCCAUAACGCUUCUUAUUGUUUUUGCGCAACAAAACAACACAAAAAAGUUUCCCUCCGACAGAGAGAUGUUGUGGCUCUAAACAGACAAUCAGAAAACUGCAUUUGAUCUUCUAGGGACUGGAAAUGGAGGGACCAGUAGCAGCCAAAGGGCCCGUCGGAGAGUUCGCUCUUCAGGCCGAAACGUGAACAGAGGCGAAUAUCGUUUUUUUUUGUUUUUUUUUCUUUCUUCUGUUGGUUAAAACCUGGCUGGAUGAAAUUAGAGUUCAGAUCUUGCGAGUUAUUUCGAUGUUUCGUCUGGCUUGAUGAGUUCUGUCAGACCAGUGGGACUUAAUAAAAACGAAGGCGUUUGUUUCCUUGACGUUUUUACGCCGAACUACUACUAUGGUGCCAGACGGGGUGUUUUAAAAGCAGUCAGCGUAUAUUUGCCAAUGUAAUUAAGUAGAUACUAUUCAUGAGAAAUGUAAAGAUGUGUUCCAUAAGUGUAAUUUCAAAUGUAAAAUAAUAUUUUUAAGAA